AUGUCAACUGAAGAGAUAAUUAUCACAUUAAAUGUUGGUGGAAAAGAAUUCCAAACAUCAAAAUCAACUUUGACCAAAGUAGCUGGUUCAUUCUUUGAUAACUUGAUUUCUGGAAAGGUAGAGGCUGGUAAAUCAAAUAGUUUUUUCAUUGAUAGAGAUGGAGAACAUUUCAGAUAUAUUUUGAAUUACUUGAGAGAUGGUGACUGUCUAUACCCAGAAUCGAUUGCGUAUGAGGUUGAAAAAGAAUUGAAAUUUUAUAAGGUUUUGCCACAAUCACAAUCCACUUCUUCUUCGAAUUCAACACAAACUACCGUUUCAUCACCACCAUCAUCAGCUUUAACAUCAGACUUGAUUGAUUCUGAACAUUUUGAAAUAAUUAACAAAUGGUUAGGUAAUUCAAAGAUCUCAGAAUUACUCUUUAAAGCUUCUAAAGAUGGAUUCGAUGCUACCAAAUUCCAUGCUAACUGUGAUUAUAAAGGUGCCACUGUUAGCAUUAUAAAAUCAUCGUGUGGUAAUGUUUUCGGUGGAUACAAUAGUCAAUCGUGGCACAGUGAGAACAAAUACUAUGGAGAUGACAAAUGUUUCCUUUUUACUUUGGUGAACAAACAUGGUGUAAAGCCAACCAAAUAUAUUCCAAACGGUGCAAACACCAACUAUGUAGCCGGAAUCGACACCUACGGACCAACCUUUGGUAGUGGACACGAUCUGGUAAUCAGUAACAAUUGCAAUGCCAAUAAGAAUAGUUUACAAAAUUUCCCAACCACCUAUGGUGAUUCCACUCGUAAUGGAAAGUCUACAUUCGCCGCUGACUAUGCAUUCUUGGUAACCGAUUAUGAAGUGUACUCUGUACUUUAA